AUGGAAGGUCCUUUCCUCAGCCGCUCCAUUCAAUACGUGGAGCGGUGGCUCGCUGAGAUUGUGGCAACCAAAGGCACACGAGCAGCGGCAACAGGAAGCAGCGAGAAAGCCGUGGCGCAAAAGCGAGGGAAGGCGACUGCCACUGCGGCUGCUGAAACGGGUGCCACUAGUAUGUCAAAGUGUCGUUUUGUUGUCGGCAGGGUGAAUAGCGUCCGCCCGCAUCCCGAGAGUCAAAAACUUUACAUUGAGGAGAUCGACUUGGGAGAGGAGGGGGGAAAAUGCCGCACCAUCCUCAGCGGUUUGCAGGAAUACGUCAAGCAAGAAGAUUUUCUCAACCGCCUUGUGCUCGUCAUCGCCAACCUUGAGCCACGGAAGAUUGGUGGUAUACCAUCGGAGGGAAUGGUCCUCUGCGCCUCAUGCAAUGAUGAGGGCUCGCGGUCAGUUGUGUUGCUGGACGUACCUGAGGGGACGCCGGUUGGUGAGCGCAUUUUGUUUGAAGGUCAUGAGGGGCCAUACGAGCCCGUACUGAAAAAGAAACUCGCCAAACACUUCGAGGAGGUGGCAGCAGAACUGCGCACAAACGAUAAGGGUGAAGUGGUAUGGCGUGACAUGCCAUUUCGGACGAGUUGUGGGAUCAUCACGGCAAGCAUCCCCAACGGUAGCGUUUCAUAG